GCCUCACGCCGCCCGUCCGGGACGCGACUCGCCCCGGACCCUCCUCCCCGCGCCCGGCGACGCCUCCCGGCCCCAUGCAGUCCCGGCUCCUGCUCCUCGGGGCACCCGGCGGCCGCGGAGGCCCGGCUGCGCGGCGCGUGCGGCUGCUCCUGCGACAGGUGGUGCGGCGCCAGCCGGGCGGCGACGCGCGGCGCUCGGAGGCCAGGCUGCUGCACGCCGGGGCGGGGGCCGACACAGGUGAUACAGUUAAUAUUGGAGGUGUAUCCUACAAGUUGAAAACUCCUAAGAGCCCAGAACUUGUGCCACAGAACUACAUUUCAGACUCUCUGGCUCAGCCGAUAAUUCAGCAUCUAAGAUGGAUAAUGCAGAAGGAUCUUUUAGGGCAAGAUGUCUUUCUAAUAGGACCUCCUGGGCCUCUUCGACGCUCUAUUGCUAUGCAGUACCUGGAGCUGACCAAACGGGAGGUCGAAUACAUUGCCUUGUCAAGAGACACCACUGAAACUGAUCUCAAACAGCGGCGAGAGAUCCGGGCAGGCACGGCCUUUUACAUCGAUCAGUGUGCAGUUCGUGCAGCCACAGAAGGUAGAACUCUCGUUUUGGAAGGCUUGGAAAAGGCGGAGAGGAAUGUUCUACCUGUUUUGAACAACUUGCUGGAAAAUAGGGAGAUGCAGCUUGAAGAUGGACGCUUCCUGAUGUCUGCUGAGCGUUAUGACAAACUUCUCCAAGAUCACACCAAAACAGAACUGGAUGCUUGGAAGAUUGUCCGAGUUAGUGAAAAUUUCCGAGUGAUUGCCUUGGGCUUGCCAGUGCCUAGGUACUCCGGAAAUCCGUUAGAUCCCCCGCUCCGGUCUCGAUUUCAAGCCAGAGAUAUUUAUUAUCUACCCUUCAAGGACCAACUUAAACUGUUAUAUUCAGUUGGAGCUAAUGUUCCUGCUGAGAAAGUUGCUCAACUCUUAUCCUUUGCCACCACUCUCUGUUCCCAAGAAUCUUCUACUCUUGGACUUCCAGAUUUUCCUUUAGAUAGUUUACCAGCUGCAGUUCAAAUCCUGGAUUCCUUUCCUAUGAUGUCAAUCGAACAUGCAAUCCAGUGGCUUUACCCAUACGCUCUUCUACUAGGACAUGAAGGGAAGAUGGCUGUGGAAGGUGUUUUAAAACGCUUUGAACUCCAAGAUUCAAGAAGCUCUGUGCUUCCUGAAGAGGUUGUGAGGGUGGAAAGGAUGACUGAAAACCAUGUCUUUGAAGCUUCCGUGACCAUCCGGAUUGCAGGAAAAGAGGUGACCAUUAAGGUGCCAGCUGGGACCAGACCAUUAAGUCAGUGUUGUACAUCAGACCGCUUUAUACAGACUUUAAGCCAUAAACAACUACUGGCUGAAAUGAUGCAGUCUCACAUGGUUAAGGACAUAUGUUUAAUUGGAGGAAAAGGCUGUGGAAAAACAGUCAUCGCUAAGAACUUUGCAGAUACCUUAGGAUACGAUACAGAACCUAUCAUGCUCUAUCAGGAUAUGACAGCGCGUGAUCUGCUACAGCAGAGAUACACGCUUCCAAAUGGAGACACUGCCUGGCGGUCCUCACCCCUUGUAAACGCUGCUCUGGAAGGGAAGCUGGUCAUCUUGGAUGGCAUUCACAGAGUCAACGUGGGUACGCUCGCUGUAUUACAAAGAUUGAUCCAUGAUCGCGAGCUAAGCCUCUAUGAUGGCUCUAGGCUGCUGAGAGAAGACAGGUAUAUGCGUUUAAAGGAGGAGCUGCAAAUGUCUGAUGAACAGCUACAGAAGAGAUCGAUUUUUCCUGUCCACCCCUCCUUCAGAAUCAUCGCCUUGGCAGAACCCCCUGUUAUUGGAAGCACAACACAGCAGUGGCUGGGACCAGAAUUCUUAACCAUGUUCUUUUUCCAUUACAUGAAACCACUUGUCAAAAGUGAAGAAAUCCAAGUGAUUAAGGAAAUGGUCCCAAAUAUGCCUCAGGAAGCUUUGGACAAAUUGUUAUCAUUUACACACAAACUCAGAGAGACACAGGAUCCAACAGCACAGUCAUUGGCAGCAUCCCUUUCUACCAGACAGCUGUUGAGGAUUUCUCGUCGGCUAUCACAGUACCCUAAUGAAAAUCUUCACAGUGCUGUCACUAAAGCCUGCCUUUCCAGGUUUCUACCAAGCCUUGCAAGGUCAGCAUUAGAAAAGAAUCUGGCAGAUGCUGCAAUAGAAACAAUCACUGAUAAUAAUGGGGAGCCAGAAUUGGAGGAUUACAAAUGUGAAAUCACAUCUGGAUCUCUGAGGAUUGGAGCUGUUAGUGCACCGAUCUAUAAUGCCCAUGAGAAAAUGAAAGUGCCUGAUGUUCUGUUCUACAACAACAUCCAGCACAUGAUAGUGAUGGAAGAUAUGCUCAAAGACUUUCUUCUUGGAGAACACCUAUUAUUGGUUGGGAACCAGGGUGUAGGGAAAAACAAGAUUGUUGAUAGAUUCCUUCACCUGCUCAACAGACCCCGAGAAUAUAUCCAGCUGCACAGGGACACCACGGUCCAAACCCUCACUCUUCAGCCUUCUGUUAAAGAUGGACUUAUUGUGUAUGAAGACUCACCUUUGGUUAAAGCUGUAAAAUUGGGUCAUGUUCUGGUAGUAGAUGAGGCAGACAAAGCCCCAACAAAUGUCACCUGUAUUUUAAAAACUCUAGUAGAAAAUGGAGAAAUGAUUCUAGCAGAUGGACGACGCAUUGUUGCAAAUUCUGCAUUAGUCCAUGGAAGAGAAAAUGUUGUAGUGAUCCAUCCAGAUUUUAGGAUGAUUGUUCUGGCCAACAGACCCGGAUUUCCUUUCCUAGGCAAUGAUUUCUUCGGUACCUUAGGUGAUAUUUUUAGCUGCCAUGCCGUUGAUAAUCCCAAACCCCACUCAGAGCUCAAGAUGCUGAGGCAGUAUGGCCCAGAUGUACCCGAGCCCAUCCUUCAAAAGCUCGUGGCUGCCUUUGGAGAGCUGAGGAGUUUGGCCGACCAGGGCAUCAUAAACUACCCUUAUUCUACCAGAGAGGUUGUCAACAUAGUCAAGCAUUUACAGAAGUUUCCCACUGAAGGUCUCUCCAGUGUGGUUAGGAAUGUGUUUGACUUUGAUUCCUACAACAGCGACAUGAGGGAGAUUUUGAUUAACACUUUACACAAAUAUGGAAUACCCAUCGGAGCAAAACCUACCAGUGUGCAGCUGGCGAAGGAGUUGCCUCUUCCAGAGCAGACCUUCAUGGGCUACUGGACAAUUGGGCAGUCAAGAAAUGGAAUGCAAAAGCUGUUGUGUCCAGCAGAAACUCAUCAUAUAGACGUAAAGGGUCCAGCACUUAUAAACAUACAGGAGUAUCCAAUAGAAAGACACGAAGGAAGAUCCCAAACCUUUACUGAAGAAUGUGCCUCCUGGAAGUUACCAUUGGAUGAAAUUAACCUAAUCUGUGACAUUGCUACAUCACAUGAAAAUGAGGAAAAUACUCUCUACGUACUUGCGUGCAAUCCUGUUUCCUUAUACUUUAUGAAUAUGACUGGGAAAAAUGGCUACUUUGUGGACCUUUAUGACAUCUUCCCAAGAACAGCCAGUGGGAUCUGGUACCCAUUUGUGACAGUGGCACCACUGGGAAGUCCCCUCAAGGGUCAAGUGAUUCUUCAUGAGCAGCAGAGCAAUGUCAUCCUGUUGUUGGAUACCACUAGCCACGCCCUUCGUCGUCUCAUCCUACCUUCAGAAGAGUUUACACCUAAGAAAACUUCCUGGUGGAGCAAGGAGGAAGCUGAAACUUACAAAAUGUGUAAAGAAUUUUCGCACAAAAACUGGCUAGUAUUCUACAAAGAAAAAGGGAACACCCUGGCUGUGCUGGAUGUUCUAGAAGGGCGAACUCACACCAUCUCGCUUCCCAUCAACCUCCAGAGGGUUUUUCUCGUAGCAGAAGACAAAUGGCUUCUGGUGGAGAGCAAAACACAUCAGAAAUAUCUUUUAACUAAGCCUGCACACAUCGAAUCUGAGGACAGUGGGGUUUGCCAGUUGUAUGUGCUGAAAGAGGAGCCGCCCAGCACAGGGUUUGGAGUCACACAAGAAACAGACUUGAGCAUACCUCAUAAAAUUUCGAGUGAUCAACUAUCAUCUGAAAAUCUGAGUUCAGCUGUGGGACAAAAGAUUGCCUCUCCUAACCGAAUUCUCUCAGAUGAGAAUAGUUACGCUACAAUUGUUAUUGGUUUCCCAGAUCUCAUGUCACCUAGUGAAGUUUAUUCUUGGAAAAGGCCAUCAUCUUUGCACAAAUCAAGGGUCACUGAUACAACAUUCUAUGGAGGAAAGAAGAAAACUGGAACCCCAAAACAGAGCAAUUGUGUGACUCUUUUGGAUACCAAUCAGAUAGUCAGGAUUUUGCCCCCAGGAGAAGUCCCUCUAAAAGAUGUCUACCCCAAAGGUGUUACCCCUCCACCAACAGCUGGUUAUAUAGAAGUCACUGAUCUGCAAUCAAAGAGACUCCGAUACAUCCCUAUUCCCAGAUCAGACUCUCUCUCACCAUAUACCACGUGGCUAUCUACUAUUUCGGACACAGAUGCACUGCUAGCCGAGUGGGGCAAAGGUGGCGUUGUCACUGUUGAUAUGGGAGGUCGCAUCCGGCUUUGGGAAACUGGACUUGAGCAUCUGCAGCGGUCACUCAUGGAAUGGAGAAACAUGAUUGGACAAGAAGGUGACAGACAUAUGCAGAUAACAAUCGACAGAGAGAGCGGUGAAGACGUGAGUUCCCCCAAACACGGGAAGGAGGACCCAGACAACAGGCCGCACGUGGGCGGCAACACUUGGGCUGGCGGCACAGGGGGAAGAGACACUGCAGGUCUGGGCGGCAAAGGAGGUCCUUACCGGCUGGAUGCAGGCCAUGCCGUGUACCAGGUCUCUGAGGCUGAGAAAGAUGCCGUUCCCGAGGAGGUGAAGAGAGCUGCGAGGGAGAUGGGCCAGAGAGCAUUUCAGCAGAGGCUGAAGGAGAUCCAAAUGAGUGCAUAUGAUGCUGCAACCUAUGAGAGGUUUUCAGGGGCUGUUCGACGGCAGGUGCACUCCCUCCGAAUCAUCCUCGAUAAUUUACAGGCUAAAGGUAAAGAAAGACAGUGGCUAAGACACCAAGCUAUUGGGGAACUAGAUGACGCCAAGAUCAUUGAUGGGCUGACUGGAGAAAAAUCCAUCUACAAACGCCGGGGUGAGCUGGAGCCACAACUGGGCAGCCCCCAACAGAAACCCAAGCGCCUGCGCCUGGUGGUGGACGUGUCCGGCAGCAUGUACCGCUUCAACGGGGUGGAUGGCCGGCUCGAGCGCUCGAUGGAAGCCGUGUGUAUGGUCAUGGAAGCCUUCGAGAACUACGAGGAGAAGUUCAAGUAUGACGUCGUGGGACACUCUGGAGAUGGUUACAACAUUGCUCUAGUUCCAAUUAACAAAAUCCCCAAGGACAAUAAGCAAAGACUUGAAAUUCUCAAGACGAUGCAUGCCCACGCUCAGUUCUGCAUGAGUGGGGAUCACACGUUAGAGGGGACAGAACAUGCCAUCAAGGAAAUUGUCAAAGAGGAAGCUGACGAGUACUUUGUCAUUGUCUUAAGUGAUGCCAACUUGUCACGCUAUGGAAUACAUCCUGCCAAGUUUGCCCAGAUCCUGACAAGCAACCCUCAAGUAAAUGCUUUUGCCAUUUUUAUUGGAUCUUUAGGCGAUCAAGCAGCCAGGCUUCAGAGAACUCUACCAGCUGGCCGGUCUUUCGUUGCCAUGGAUACCAAGGACAUCCCUCAGAUUUUACAACAGAUUUUCACCUCCACCAUGUUGUCUAGUGUUUAAGAAGCGCCCUUUAUCACCCCGAUGACCCUGGGAUUUCCAAUAAGCUAGGAAGAAAAGAAGAGGUCUAUAAAGUGCCCCCGUGCAAUGACUGGAUAAUUCUGGCAUUCCUGGACCUUCCUGCAGUUGCUAAGUAAUCAGAAUUCAGAGAAGCAGCCAGAGCAAGACCCAUGCAUGGAAAUCUACACCCAUGGAUGGGUUUACUAGUCAUUAGAAGGAGCGUGUUGAUCUGCAUUAUGUGAAAGGUUAGGGUUGAAGGAAGGUGGUUUGAGAACUACGGUGCCUGGUCUGUUUCCAAAAACCUGAGGGAGAAGAGUACCUUGCCUUUGCUUUAACACAUCACCUGGUCACCUAGGAUAACAAAAGUGACCCCAGCAAACUCAGCCUUUGAUGUCAAAUUCUGACCCUAGAAUACAAGAUUGUGCAAACCCACCCACCCAACUCCUGUUCAAUAAUUACUUUUAUUUUCUCCUCCACUCUGUAUUGCCCAGCAAACGAUGAUUUUACAGUACUUAGCCCACUGAAAAUUCCUUUCAACAGCAGUAUUCUAUAAAUGGUUGGUUUUCUCAAUUUCAUUUUCUUAGCCAAAACCAAAAGGAAUCAAAAGACCCUUAGACUGCUUCCUUUCCCACAUGACUUUUAAAAGGCUUUUUAAAUAACAAAGAGCAAAUGUCCUAUUCUCCAUGCUGCUGGGAUUGGAAGGAUAAAGGAUGUCUUCCCUUGAGUUUCCUUUUUCUUCUUCUUCUUCAGUGCUUCUCAAAAGUUUCACACGCCUCCAUUUUGGUGUCCAAGAUGUAAUGCUCAAAAUAACAAAUGCUUAUGUUUUUCAUAAAGCAAAGUACAAGCAAGGCGGUAUGUUUGAACUGAAUGGUAACUGGAGAUUUCUUUAGCUAUAAAAUACAUAUCUAUCUAUAUAUCUAUCUAUAUAAAUAUAUAGAUUUUUUUAAGCUUUAUUCUUUUUUUUUUCAAAGUGUACCUUUCCCAUCAAUGACCUUUUCUCAUCAGUAAGCAGGCUUGAUGUCAGUUUUGGGUUUUUUUAAUCAAAUACUCCAGCAGAAGAAUAUCUCUUUCCAACGAUGUAAUAAAAGUGUCUCUUCAGCGUUGAUGGCAGGGUCCAAGAUGCUGGGGGCACCAAUGUGUCUGUGCUUUCUUAUGACAAGUUGGAAGAACUAGUCUUGUUAGUAAUGUUAUCUUAUUCACCCAUGCAUAGUGGGAAUUGGAAAGACUCAUUUCAUUUUAAUUAAUUAUAGGACGGAAGAAAAGAUGACACCCAUUUGUUUCACCACCCCAUCUCCCUAUCAACUGUCAAAGAAAUUAAAGCAAUAAGAUUUCCAGUGCAGUAUGGCCUAGCAGUUUGCGUGGCUUGUCUAGCUUUUCUAGACAGACGCUUGCUCUGUGUAUUGAAUCAUCCAGUGAUGCAAACAGUUUCAAUCCAGUAAGUACCUUUACAGUGGCAAUCGCAUUAAUAGCAGUAAAUAAUAACAACAGCUAGUGUGUACUGAUUAGUAUGUACCAAGUAUGCUAAAUGAUUUCAGUCCUCACGACAAUGAAUGUAAAAUAAGUAUUUUUUACUUAUUUUACAUUUUACAAAUACGGAAAGUGAGGCUCAGAGAACUUAAGUCACUUUCCCAAGAUUUCCAAUUCUAGACCAUUGACUGACUCAUUGUUCUGUUAACAUCCUCACUCUAAGGGGCCUCCCUGGUGGUCCAGUGGUUAAGAAUCUGCCUUCCAACGCAGGUGGCGCAGGUUCAAUCCCUGGUCAGGGAACUAACAUCCCACAUACUGGGAGGCAGUGAAGCCCGUGUGCCACAGCUACUGAGCCCAUGCACCUCAACUAGAGAGCCUGCUUGCUGCAAACUACAGAACCCACACGCUCUGGAGCCUGCGCACCACAACUAGAGAGACGUCCAUGUGCCACAGCUAAGACCCAAACGGCCAAAAAUAAAAUAAAUAAAUAUUAAAAAAAAAAUCCUCAUUCUACAAAGAAGGAAACUGAGGCUUAGGGAAAUUCAAGAACAUAGGCUACGCUCACAGCCAGGCAGGGAGCUGGACUGGACCAUCCCCUCCCACGCUUCUUUAUUCUUGCAACCUUAGAUGUCGAGCUCCUGGUGCAUUUUUCUCGUUUCUCCCAGUGCAGUUCCUCUUCUUGCAAACUGACCACAUCUCCUAGAGCUGCUCUCCCCACUACUCAGAAACCAUCUGCACAGUUUGAGCACUCAGAGGAGGGGGUGGGGACCAAGGACAUGAGACCCUGCUGCAGGGACACUUCUAACAGCUUCUACCUGGGCCCACAGCAAAUUGAGGAAGUGUCUGUCCAAAGGGCAGCUUAACCCCUAGGGGUGCCCCUUUGCUACAGGGUCACAGCCCCUGAAAGCCUUUGGAAGUUGAAUCCAAGAGGGGUUGACGGAACAGCCUUUUCACGAAUCCUCCCCGUGGGUAACUACCUUAAUAAGCAGAAGCCAUUUUUUUGAACAUGGAAAGAAUGUUCUCAAGUAAUUUAAUUUCCCUUUCCCCACUGGCCAGACAUCCUUUGCAAAAGUUAUUUUUAAAAAAGAUAUAACCCCUGGCUUUUCUGAUUUGUGAAAGGGAAGGAAGAUGGGGGAGGGGAGGAGAGAGGCAGAAAAUGAAGGGCUUCUUUUCGCUUCUUGCAGUAUCUAAGAAGCUGUGCUUUUAUUAUUAAAUGUACUUAAUUAUAGGCCACUCCAAACUGUUCCCAGGCCCUUCUUAGGACCAGGACAUUAUAAUAAACGCAUUAUGUGCCUCAGGGGGUGUUCCACGGAAAGACAGCUAAACCCGUCCGCAGGGAGCCCGUGUAAGUCUGAGAAGCUUCAUUGUGGUCCUGGGCGGCCUGGAGGAAUGAAAGCACGGAUCACCACAGUGGAGGAUGCGUUUUCCCCCUGGAGUCCUUUGUGUGCUCCAGCAAAAUGACCUCAUCACACACAGCGGCUCGAGCGCAGCCACAAGAAGAGGGUUGGAGCAGGAGUACGAGAGCCCAGGACACGUUUGGAAUGAAUCAUUUAAUUCUUUACAUCACACGCUUUCCGUGAACUAUCAGGAGGAGAAAUCCAUCAAUGCCAGAAAGGUUUUCUCUAAACAAACUCUUGGCCUUUGUGAGCCAUUUACGAGUGGUUUUCCGUGGACAGCAUGGUCAGUGUACCUGAAAGGCAGCUCUGGAGGUGCCAAACCCUCUCCACCGGGCGCCCUCUCCUGCCUGUCAGAUCAGCCAAAAUGAAAUUCCUCAGGGAACAGAGCAAAGAGAUACGGGACCAGGGAGCAAGAGGAAUUGUCGCUUAUUUGUUGCGUUUCUAUUUGUUUCCAACCAUCAUAUUAUAAGAGAUACUGCACAAGUCUAAACUGAUACCUCAUUUGCCUAGACAGAUAUCUAAUUCUGGGGGGAAUUGCAUCUCAAGAAUAGUCAAAUGUCCACUUGUAUUUAGUAAAUUGUACAUCACUCUUUCAUCUUAUUAAGAAAUAAAAUGUCCACUUUUAAAAAAUCAUUCCAACCAGUAAUACAUAUGGCUUUUUAAAAUAUUUAAAUUGAGUCUAAUUUGCUACCAAUUUCUGGUCAGAGGUAUAUCAUACAGUUCUUUCCUGUUGCCUUCCUUUACCUUUUUGCUAAGACUUGCUGUGGCAAAAGUACUACAGGAAUUCCAAAUUUCCAUCUUGUAGUGGGAGGAUUUCCAAACUCUGGGUAGAGUUAGUCCGUAGGAAGGAAGUGCUUGAUGCUGCUUGGCUGUUAACUACCGGUGCAGACUUGGGCUGGUACUCAUGGGUCUCAAUUGCUUCAUCUCUGAAUCAAAAGGGUGGGACAGAACCACCUCUAGCACCAAAGUCCCAUGUUCCUUUAUCUCCUACAGCAAAUCGACUUUGUCCCUUGUAUGUCUUACAAGACCCACAUCAUUUCAGUGUAUUUUUGUCUCAACCCCACACACAUUUUAUCCCCUAUCGUACGGAGAAUUUUAUCACCUAUAUCAAUCUCUCUAACAAAAAUGUGUUAUUGAAUGAAUAUGCAUUCUAAAAGUUGCGUAAGCAUCAUUAGAAUUGGACAAGAAGGCUUUCCCCACCCAGCAGGUGGACAGAUAUUUCUGUUGGGUCAUAAUUCACAAGGUUUCUGCCCAUCGUCUCUUGCUUUGCAUUUUGCAGCCAUAAAAUAAAAUUCGUAUCUGCUGAUCUGCACCGUGGGAUCAAAAAGGAUCAGGAAUUGGAAAACUACUGUGUGCUGAGAGCUGACCUUUGCACCACAGCUGAACAAUGUGCAAUUGUGUGUGUGGUUUUUUUUUAAAUUGUUAAAUCCUGUAAACAAAAAUCUCCUCCAGAGGAGAAAAAAUGCUUGCCAAGCAAACUCUCAAGAUGAGAGUGAUUUGACAUUCUUUUUUUUUUUUUGAGACUCAGUGCUGUCUGGGGCUUUCACCUUCAAACAGAGACCACGUCUAUUCUGGCCCAGCCAUGCACACUGGCUUUGGAAUGCCAGGGUUACAUAAUUUUAAAAUUGAGUGGCACUUGCGGCAUUUGGCCACUCAGAGCAAAGUAUAACACUCUUUUAAGGUUGGUUUGGGUCCUGAGGGUGGCAAGAAUGUCGUGUCUGCUCUAAGAAAUCUCAUCCAGGGAGCUGUCAGCUCUAAAGAGCGUGGGCCACCACUCAUGGUCCCCCUCACCCCACCCCCACCAGGCGCCAAAGGCACCCUGACCCUUCCCUCUUCUCACGGGCUUCAGUGAAAGGGCUUUGGAGCUGCCAGCUCUUCCUCUAUAGGAACAAUCGACGUAUUUUAUCAGUAAACUGAUUCCUAAGAUGGUAGGUAUGACCCCAGAGGAGUUCCAGAACAUAAGGAGUUAUUGAAAUUACAUGCAAGUCUGUGAUUAGUAACGGUAACUGCAGCUUGACCUGGAAAUGGAAGGAAACUGUCUGAACAUCCCAAAGCAAGUAUGUCUGUCGUGCCGGCUGGAAUGUGGUGAGAAAGUAAUGAGCCUAUCAGGAGUCCUUUGUGUAAUUGGCCUCAUGAUGCCAUACUUGAAGCCGUAUUCAUUGAAACUUGAAGAAAAAUAAAGCGUAUUUACUCAGACAGGACAUUCAAGUUGUACUUUCAAAUGUAGUAUAUUUAUAUUAAUAAAUACUGAUGCUGAUUUA